AUGUCAUCUCGUUCCAAUGUCCCUGGUCCGUUCUGGGCUAAGAUGAUGGAUCUCUGGAUGGCAAGAUUCGACCUCAAAGUGGGGGAUAUCUAUAACCACAAGCCCCGGCUCGAUCGGCCUCGUGGCGACGCAAUGUCUUUGGAACAGUUUGGGCGAGAGAACCUAGUCAGCACGCGGUGCGGGGACCUGCAUUUUCGGCGGAGGAGGGCCGUCGCCGCGGGGUAUUUCGUGCCUGUCGUGGGGGGGACUGCUGUGCAAGAGAUGCUUCGCGAGCUUGUUGCUAGGUUCAUGAGCAAUUUGGAGACGGAGAGGACGGCAGCGGGCAGUCGUGGGGUUGAUGUGUGGCCGCAGUUGCGGUGGCUGGCUGCGGAUAUCAUGUCGAGAAUCUCAUUCGGUGAUGCUGGUGGGUUAGACUUACUGGGAGAUAAGGAGGGCCAGAGGGAGAGCAUGUCGUAUUAUUUGAGCUCGAGCCAGAUAGAGGAGGAGGCUUCUUCUUUGAGGGUUCUGAUGAUGGCGUGGUUCCCUCCUCAGAUGGCGAGCACAUCGGUGGCGAUGCAGCUCGCGAGACAUCAAAAGGCAAAUGGCAGCUCAGAGGCCGUGCCUGAUGAGAAGUACAUUGCAGGCGAAGCCCUGGAUCACUGGCUGGCCGGGUCCUCCACGACCCCGGAUGCGCUCUCCUGGUUGCUUUACGAGCUUUCGCGCCCCGAAAACGCCCUUCGUCAACAGCGUCUUCAGCAAGAGCUUCGUGCGGCCAGUAUCACGCCGGAAUCUCCGCCUCAUAUCCAUGACCUCACCAAGCUUACCUACCUAGACUGCGUGCUCCGCGAGACCCUUCGACGGCAUCCACCGACCCCUUUUUCCCUGACUCGGAAGGCUCGCAGUGGCGGCAUGACAGUUGAUGGGCACUUCGUCCCAGGCGGAGCACGAGUCUCGGUACAGUCAGUCAGCCUCCACAUGGAUCCCGACGUGUUCCAUGAGCCCAAUGACUGGAAUCCCGAACGAUGGGAUAUUUCGCGGGCCAGUCCGCAAUUCAAAGACAUGCAGAAGAGUUUCUGGCCAUUCGGAAGUGGCCCAAGGAUGUGCAUCGGCAUGCACCUUGCCUGGGCUGAGAUGCGUUUGGUCGCUGCUAAUGUCUAUAGCACAUACAAGACAAGGCUCGGAGAGCAGUACUACACGGAAAAGGCCGAUGGCAGGCGAGCUUUGAGGGAGCUGGAUGAAAAUAUUAAUAGGGUAGGCAUUAAGCCUCGGAAGGCCGUCUUGGUCAAAGACGAGAUAGAAACACAGAAGCAUGUAAGAUAG